AUGGCGACCGUUUGUACAAACGAGUGUCCCCAGGUGAAGAUCCAACAGUUACAACAUGGCAACACAAACUUGACCGAGUUUGAAACCUCCGCACUCAACAUUGGGACAGCCAUGACAACGGAAUCCGGGGCCGAAUACCAUAUACCUGGAGCGAAGGCUGGAGUUACCCUCAUCAUUGUAAACCCAGAGAAAGUGAGGGAAUGCGCGGACGGAUGUCGCGAAGCACUCACGUCCAAUUUCGCCAUUCCAAAAGUCUGGUGGGAGGAUUGUUGCAAAAGAGCUAAUGGCUAUUUUGGAUUCGAAGAACUCCCCGAUGCAGAUGACAAAAAGAUAGGUGGCGCCAAGUCUUGGGCUUUCUUUCAAGUCAAGUCGUUUGGCCAACCAACUCCUCAGACUACCCAGGUUCCAACACAACCGGAUGCCUCGCCAGGGGAGAAAAAGCCCGAGGACGAGUACGAGUGGAACAAGUUGAACACCUUUUCCAGGUGGUACAAGGAAACCAAUCACACCGUCGUCCUUCUAUUCACACAAAAGGAGGGUCGUUUGAAGAGUGAAUUCCAGUCAUGCCUACAGGACCCUCCACCGACCCUGGGAGAAUUACAGGAUCCGUUUUGGAUCUACCCACGCCUGGCUAAUGAGAUUAUCCAGCUAGAAAAUUCCUCUGUAUGGCGCACGCGCGACAUGAUCCGUGAUGUUGAAAAGGCGAGAGAGAAGGCAGAGAAGCAGUUUGAAGCCGCAAACCCCAACUACUCACACUUACAUAAAAUUGCGCGUCAUGUGGUUCACGUCUCGGAAACCCUCAAGGUCGGCGCAGUGACGUUAGACAGUAUGCGCAGCCACCAAGAGGAGUUUCUGCGCAUCCUCGGUCAGGAAGCUGGUGAGAAGGAGCCAACCGCGCCAAUUGCAUCAAGAAAAAUCCGCUCCGGCCUCGCAUUCGCUCACCACAUGCUUGUGAGUUACUUGCAUCGAUCGGAAGCCAACACGGCUCGAAUCCAGAGCGAGACCACACUGGCAUUCAACAAGGUCUCCCAGGAAGACUCGAAUAUCUCGGUGCAAAUCGCUGAUCACACAAGGACGGACAGCAAGGCGAUGCGGACUAUUGCCUUGGUGACGAUGCUGUUUCUACCGGCUACGUUUGUGUCCGCCAUUUUUAGCAUGUCGUUCUUCAACUCGGAGGGGGGCGUGUGGAAGGUAUCGGACAAAUUUUGGAUCUACUGGGUUGUUGCGUUUCUGGUUACCGUUGCAACUUUUGCCGGCUGGUAUUUUGGAGAGCCGUAUUUUGCGCCCAAGAAGAUCAAUCCUGCUGUGCGGCAUCAGUUGUCGAGGAGAGAGGAACACGAGUUGGCGAAGCAGGAGAAGAAGGAAAAGAAGAAGGGGAAAGGGGGGCGUACACCGCAGUUGGAGACCCAGACGGAAACGCAACUGGUGGCACCAAAGGCGAAUGGUCAUGAGCUGCGUGAUAUGUCGCAGAAUGGGGUGGUGAGGCGACCUACGGCGGGAGAAAUGGUUUGA